AUGAACACAAAAACUGACUUCCCGUUCUUCCACUCACCCUGUCCUACUAAAGACGAAAUUUUCACCGACUACGCCGAAAGGGACAACAACAAAACUGCCAACAACAAAGUUGCCUGUCCAAAUCCCAUCCCAUGGAUUCCACCACCAGCCAAAACGACCAAAGCAAUUCAACCAUCAAAAACUGUCAGAACCUUUGAAAUCAGCCGGAAUCGACGAAGUAAAAGUUGGGACGAACCAGACAAAGAGGAGAGAAAUGAAGAAACGAAGGAAAAAGAAAUUGCACAGGUAAAAAACGACGCCAAUAAUGCCACCAAUUGGUCGCAAAUGAAGCGGUGGGUAAGCGACAUCGAUCGGUCCAUUGAAAACCUCUCUAACAGCGUUAGAGGUCUCCUAAAGGAUGAAACCGCAGAGCACAAGGAACAAAUUCGUUUUCAUCACACACCGAUUAAGCAGGAGGUCAGUAGCCAUGGCAUCGAAGGCACCGCGAUUGACCGUCUAACAGGGGAACUUAAAAGAGCACGUGACGAACUACAUCAGGCUGAGACAAGACAGGCCUCCCUAGAGGCGCUGAAAUCGCAUCUCCAACUUCAACUGCGUCACCGAUCCGCUCAGUGCGAGCGGAUGACGGCACAGAUGCGAAACUCAGCAUCAAAAACUCGACAGACGGUGGUUCAGUUGACACAAGAGUUGGCAGCUGCGGAUGCGAGGAUUCAAGAGUUGACGCGACAAAGGGAGUUGCUAAAACACGCCGCAAAGGGCCAAAAACGGAGAGCAAUGAAGGCAGAGGCAGAACUUGCCAGGAUGAAGAGACAAGCAAGUUGUAACGCGAUCUUAAAAAAAGUUUUAAUUAAAUUUUCAGGGUCCGACCUAGCAUAUAAAAAAUAA